CUAUUUCACACAGGAAGUGUUUCCUGAAGGACCCGCUAAGUGAACGGACGCGACUUGUUUUUACGUAAACAAAGAAAGCUAUCAAUGAGCAAAUAGUAAAUGUGUGUUAUGAAGUCUAUAGCAAAUAUUAUAUGAAAUACCUGAGAAGGGACUGCAAUGGGAGUUCAUGGCCUGUGGAAGUUACUGGAGAGCACAGGAAAGCCCAUCAACCCGGAAACACUCGAGGGGAAGAUCCUAGCAGUCGAUAUCAGCAUCUGGCUAAACCAAGCAGUCAAGGGGGUGCGGGAUCGUGAUGGCAACAACGUCCAUAAUGCCCACCUUCUUACAUUGUUUCACCGUCUGUGCAAGUUGCUUUUCUUCCGCAUCAGGCCUGUCUUUGUUUACGAUGGAGAUGCACCUCUGCUUAAGAGACAGACCCUGGCUAUCAGGAGACAGAGGAAGGAGGAGAUGGCUCUCGAGUCCAAGCAAACCCAUGAGAAACUCUUGAGAACGUUUCUGAAGAGGCAGGCCAUCAGAGCUGCACUAGGGGAUCGCAGUAAAGAGACAAUUCCCAGUAUUUCUUCUGUGCGAAGAGAUGAGGUGGAUGAAAUGUACGUUUUACCAGCACUGCCUCCUGUAGAGGAAAAAGAAAGAAGCAGUUCUGACGAAGAAUCAGAAAGAGAUGAGGCACAGACACAAGAGCCCUAUCUCAAAUUUGAGGAUGAAAUUUAUGAAAAUCCCAAUUCCAUAGACAUAAACUCAGAGGAGUUCCAGCUCUUGUCACCAGAGAUCAAACAUGAGAUUCUCAAAGAUAUGAAGGAGUUCAGCAAGAGAAGACGCACCCUUUAUCACAAACCUCCUGAGAGGUCAGGGGACUUCUCUCAGUAUCAGCUGGCAGGGCUGCUGCAGAGGAAUAACCUGAACCAACGUCUAGAGGGUGUGGAGAAAGAAAUGAGCCAGCGCAGAUGUGGAGCUGUGGAGGAGGAGUACGGCCAGGGUGAAGAGCACGACGUUGAGUCGCGCCGUCUCAUAUCAGAGGAUUCUUCACACUAUAUACUCAUCAAAGGGUCCCAAAAGAGCAAACAGACUUCUGAGAGCCAUCCAGCCCCAGAUCCCUGGUCUUGUGGCCCUUGGUCAAGGAAAGGGAGACACAAAGGAAGGCCAGACCCUCUUUGGCGGCCAAUAUCAGAUGGCAUUCCUGAUGAAAACGAGCCUUCUUCUUCCUCUUCUUCAUCGACAACUCCAAAACCAAUCAUUUGUAGUGAGGAACAGCCUUCAGAUGGAGCGCCUCCAUCCCCACGAACCCUUCAGGCCAUUCAGGCAGCCAUGAUGGACAGCAGCUCGGAUGAAGACGAAUUGGCCUCUAGGAAAACUAUCCAAGAUGGAAGUGGAACAGCAAGUUCUCAAGAAGGAAAUGGUGGUGUAUCACCUCGCACUUUGCAGGCCAUUCAGAGGGCCAUGAUGGAGGACAGUAAUGUAUCUGAAGACCACUGCAAAGAGGUUCAAACUCAGCAGCAGAAGUAUGUCAUUGUCAGUAGUUCAGAUGAUGAUGAUGAUGAUGAUCAAACAGAAAGCACAGUGAUGGAAAGGAACAUCUUGUGUGAGGCUCGGGAAGGAGGUGGAGUUUCUCCUCAGACUUUACUGGCCAUUCAGAGAGCCUUAGGAGAAAAGGAGUCAUUUACUGGGAUGAAGCUGGGUGAGAAUGUGGGUUUCUUGAGCAGUUCUGAAGUAGAAAAAAUGGAAGAGGUAGUUGGAGUGAGGAGCAAGGAGUUCAAAGCUGCUACACUUAAUAUGGAAGAAGAACAUAAAAAAGGUGCCCUAAAAACAGCUUCCUCCCCCUCAGAUCUACAGUCCGAUGAGGACACUUUGCCCCAAGAUCAUGAACCACGUUAUAAUUCUGAAAACAAUUUCCUGCAGAAAGGAAGUUUGAGCAUUAACUUAACCGAGGAGAAGGAGGAGAGAAAUGGGCAAAUCGUCGUAAAGCGUGAAGAGGAGGACAGCAGCUCUGAAGAAGGUUUCAUCGAGGUUUCAGAAGGGGAAGAGGUGUCUGAAAUGGAUAAUUCAGUAACCAGAUCAGAAGAACAAUUACCAGAAUUGAGUAAUAAAGAGGAGGUGGUGGGGAGUGAUAAAGAGGAGAGCCAAGAGAAAGAGUCAAAUGACACAACUCUGUCAUUAAACAACAGUAAAAUGGAAGAGCAAGAAGCUGAAAGCCCUCGAGAAACAACCACUGUUCUGGCACCCAGUGAAUGGGACAACAUUGACAUGGAGGAGCUGGUACAGCUGGAGAAAAAUCUUCAGGCAGAGCAGAGCAGCCUGCGCGGGCAACAGCAGCAGCAGCAGCGCAGCGCUGCUACAGUUACAGGACAGAUGUGCCAGGAAAGCCAGGAGCUGUUGCGGUUGUUCGGUGUGCCCUUCAUUGUUGCCCCAAUGGAAGCUGAAGCUCAGUGUGCAGCUUUGGACAGGACGGACCAGACGCAUGGCACCAUCACUGACGACAGUGACGUCUGGCUGUUCGGAGGACGACACGUCUACAAAAACUUCUUCAAUAGCAACAAAUAUGUGGAACACUACCAGUAUUUUGAUAUCCAAAACCAGCUAGGACUGGACAGGACUAAGCUGAUCAAUCUGGCCUAUCUACUGGGUAGUGAUUACACCGAAGGGAUCCCAGGAGUCGGAUGCGUCACUGGCAUGGAAAUAUUAAACGAGUUCCCUGGGCCUGGUUUAGAAUCUCUCACAUACUUCAGUAAGUGGUGGAACAAAGCUCAAACCAAUAAGAAGCUGGCAGCUGAUCCUAAGGACACAAAGGUGAAGAAAAAGCUAAGAGCCUUGAAUCUUCAUCCAGGCUUCCCCAACCCUGCUGUCGCUGAGGCCUACCUCCAGCCCACUGUGGACCAAUCAGAGGGCUCCUUUUGCUGGGGCCGCCCACAGCUGGAUCUCCUCAAAGAGUUUUGUUAUAGUCGAUUUGGUUGGAACAGCAAGAAGACUGAAGAAACUCUUCAGCCAGUAUUAAAACAGCUCAGCACUCAACAGACUCAGCUGCGCAUCGAUUCCUUCUUCCGUCUGGAGCAGCAGGAGAGGCAGGCCAUCCGCAGCCAGCGCUUACGUCGAGCUGUCAUCUGCCUCAAGAGGAAGGAGCGCGAUGGGGCAGAUAAUGAAGCAGAGAGCAGUGAAGAUGAAAAGAUCUCACCAGUCAAGAAAGGGAAGAAUGCCAAAGAGAAAGGAACUGAUGUUACGCCUGCAGGGAUGUUUGGGGGAGGUUUUAUUGGGUUGGACAUGAGUUCUAACAGUCCAGAAGAGAAGAUGAUUGUGGGCAAAGAUGAGAAACAGCCUAAAACAGUAAAGAGUGAGCCGUUGAAAGUCAAAUCCAGCAGCAGCAGCAGCAGUAGUUCAGAAGAUGAACUCGAACAUAAGAAUAGAGCCACUAUGGUUAUCGCACAGUCUGUAUUUGAGGGGAAAACAAGAGGAAGGGGAAGAAGAGGUGGGCGAGGAGGAAGAGGAAAGACCAAGAAAAACUUAUGAUGACAAAUUACCUAAAUAUUAUUUUUGUAUAUCUAUAAGGCAAAAGGUGACUAAAGCCUAUGAUGUGAAUGAAAUAACAUUAAAUUAUGGCAGAAAACUGAGGUAAUAUAUUUAUGUACAAUGCUUCCACAAUUUGAUCAUGCAUAUUCUUGUACUUUUUUAAAUAAAAAAAAAAUCAGUUGACAGAUAAA